AUGAAAACAUCCUUCCUUUUAACCUGCGCGCUGCUUCUUCCCCUUUUCUGUAAUGGAUCCCUCGGGCAAGUUGUGUCCGACAGUAGGAUAUUCCUGAAGCACAAAGACGCAUACUGCCUAUAUUCCGAAAACGUUAUUGAAAAUAACAAAUUUGAAGUAGCUUCGGAUGAAUGCGACAAGUUAGCACAUGGAAAUGAGAACCAAAUCACCUGGCUGUCCUCCACGAACGGAAGACUUAGAACACAAAAUGGACUGUGUCUAAAAACUUACAAAAACUUCUUAACCGUUUCGAAUUGCUCCCCCGAUUUGAACGACAAGUCAGAAAUGUGGAAAAUCGAUUCGGUAAAAAGACUCAGAAAUGAAAAUAACACUUGCGCUCAGCUAGCUGGGAAUAAAUUAUUUGCCUUCGCUUGCAAUGAACUAUCCACAAGGGAGUUCGAAAUUAAGGUCUUUUCCGAGGACGAACUAAAUUUUAUGAAAGCAAAAUAUGCACACAAAAAGCUACAAAAUGUGAAUGAAGAAAGUUUUCAAAAUUUUCAUUCAAAGUCAGAAGUACUGAUUAAAAGCUACACAGAAGCAGAAGGAAAAAUUAAUAAAUUUUUAAAAACAGAAAAGGAAAUCAUUAAGGAAAAGGAAAAAAUCGCAAACUUAAUGAGUAACAUUAAAUCUCUCAUAAACACGUCUUCUUCGUUGGCCAAUUACGGAACGGGUGCCCUAAUGAAAAUAUACGACAACAUUGAUAUAAAUAAAAGGAACAAUUUGUUGAGAGCUCCACUCGAGAGAUUAGAACUAAAUGAAGAAAAAUUAAACCAAUUGGGAAUUGAAAGUGGACAAGUCAAAAUUGUCAUUCAAAGUUUUCUUAACCCUCCAGAUGACGGAAACUACACAUUUGUUGCAAAAAAUGUGGUAGGUAAGCUGACUGUUAAGGUAGAGAGUAAGGAAAUUAUUUCAAACGAAGACAUGGCAAAUGAAACAACUGUAAGUAGCUCCCUUGUUCAUUUAGCCAGAAAUAAACUGGUGUCUAUAUACAUCGAGGUGUCAUCUGCUGGGGUAGAAACCAACACCCCCAUGCCAUCCUUCUCAUUAUUCUGGUCCAGCAAACACAUACCCGAACAAGUCAUAAAUUCUCUAUACUUGUACACCACUGUAUAUGAAAAGGUUUGCUACACCGCGUUUCAGAAAAAGAUAGACUGCGCCACAACCUUCGAGAUUGUACCUAGGGAUAAUAGGGAGUCCCAUUUUUUGUGCCCCUCCGAGUGCUCCGCGGCAGGGGGUGCCUUCAAUAAUGCCACCCCUAAUAAUGCCUCCCCCAAUAAGGCCACUCCAAAUGGAGUCCCCUCCAAUUUGGAGGCAAGCCCUCCCCCCUGCUACGCGCUAACCUCCCGCAUGUGCGCAUCUGCAGUCGAGGCAAAUUUGCUGCCACAAGAAAGCGGAGGAAUCAUAAAGGUAACGAUAAAAGAGCGAACAAACGAAAAAGCCACUUCGGAACCGUGUGCACUGAUUCUACCAACAGACAUGGAAGACAAUACAUUUAAAGGAAUCACAGACAUUAAGCUGGUAGACAUGGACGAUUUUUUCCUGAACUAUGACUCGAACAGAAAUGUGUAUGAAGGGUACACAGGAGUUGUGACGGAUGAUAAACAUUCUCUACUAACAAAAACUGAUUCUUCCAAAAGAUACAUCUCAGACAUUGAAAUAAAUUGUGACAAAAAUUUACCAGACAAUUAUGAAUUCAGUUCUGGAUCCUUCAUCGUAAAACGGAUCCAGCGUUCCGAUUUAACAAAAAGUGAAGAAAGCAUAGUGGUGGAUGCAUUUGCAAUGUUUGAAAAAUACACAAGUGAAGAUAGUACUCCUAUUUAUCUACCCGGAUGGACAAGAAAAACGUGUAACAAUAUUCAGCUGUACAUAAGGUAUAGACAACCGAAUGACAUGAUGAAAUACCCAUCUUUAUUACUAACCUGCGAUGAUACAUUUGAAGAAAUUCAUUUUACUAACGAAAACGUUGUAGUUGCACGAUGCUUGCCUAACUGUCUCCACAAUGAAAAGCCAGUUCUAGGAUCCUACAUUUACGGACCGCAGUCAGCUAUAUGCAAAUCUGCUAUUCACUCUGGUAUCAUAACAAACAAAGGAGGCGGACUGAUACAAAUAAGGAAACUGCAAAAUAUUACCCAAUCGUUUACUAGCACCAUGACAAUAACUAGAAAUGGCGUUAUGGCUACCAUCGCUGAUCAUAAUAAUGAAGAUUCUUACUACUUAACGAAACCUAAUGGAUCCAUUUGUAACUUCCCAAGAACCUCCCACAACAUUAAAGAGUCGCUAAAUUCGGACUCCAGUGAAGAUGCUCUUUUCUCCUUCAUCCAGACGAAGUCAUACCUGAUGGAUGUCCCCCCAGUUGCCCUAGUUCACCAGAAGCACGCCGUUUUGAAGAACCAACUGGUUAACAUGCACCAUUUGUACAACACAGAAAGUUACAAGAGAGGAUUGCUAGCCGGUAGAAAUGGAUCUGCGGACAAAAGUCACGAAAUUCAAAGCUGUAACCAAGUUGCUGAUUCACCAGGCGUACAACAGAACCCGCAACUGAUGGACUCUUUUAACACAUUCCAGCAAAGCUACGACGCGGAAAAGGAACACUUGCAGAAAUUGGCAAAAAAACAAAAAGGAAUUUUCUCCAACUUAAUACUAAAAAAUAAACAGAUAAACAAUUUGAAUAAAACCUUGUCCAAGUUGAGAAGCGAACAAAAGAAGUACGAGACCUUCAUCAGGGUGAACCAAUCAUCCGUGGUAUCUCUCAUAAAACAAUUUGCACUGAUCACAAAUAGAAAAAAAAUGAUCAUAGAAAAAUUGGAAAAGGCACUAGCAGACGUCAAACCGAUAACCGUAGAGACAUUUGAAGAAAAAUACAACUCAAAAAAUAUAAAUGACAACUACGUCAUCAUUGAUGGUAGGAGUAUAAGCGGGUCAUCAAACUGGGCUAUGGAAAGAUUCACCAAUGGAAACCUCUUUGCGGCUAUCACCAAUGAUAGGCUCAUAAAAUCCGGGGAAGAGCUAUACGCUUCUUACAUACUCCAGAGACACACUAAGGUGUACAAAGGCUUCAUCUCCUGCGACGUUAAAAUACCAUAUGAAGGAAAUGUAGGAAUCCUCAUCAAGUACAGAGACGAUAGGAAUUACUCCAAUUUUGUAAUAAACAGGAAGGAGUUUUACUUUGUCGAAAUGACCGAUGGGAAAAGGAGUCCACCAAUUAGUAGCAGGCAAAUAAGAAGUUUGCCCUUGCAGCUAGGGGCAUGGGCAACACUCUUUAUCGAGUUUGGCUAUAAAAAUGUUAGAGCUUACAUAAACGGGAAAUAUGUCAACGGAUUUCAAACAAAAAAUGAUUCAUAUGGACACGUAGGAGUUGGAAUAAACAACUGUAAGGAAAAAAUAUUUUUUGAUAAAAUUGUCAUAGGUUCUCUCGAUCAAGCCAAAUACUACAAGGGGGCGAGGAAGUCAGUUACCAUCCCUUCCACGAACAAUAUAAAUGAUUUCCACAAAGUGGAGAAAAGAAGUCAUUCAAAUGAAGAAGCAGUCACCGAAGAAGCCACAAAUAGAGAUAGCCAGAUUGGGUGCAAACCAUUCACAGAAAGGUGCAACCUCCCAUUAGACACUAACUGGAUUGUUCCUCUAAACACCUUUUGGAGGAUUCACAAAAAUUUCGCCUUCAACUCAAUUUGGGCAGAUCCCAAAAGGGGAGAACAAAUACAACGUGUUUACUCGGAUGGACAUAAUCAAAUUGGAAAAAUGGACACCGACGAGUGUUAUCUUCACUCAGCGCAGAAACGGAAAGAAGAAGAUCUGCUCAUUCCAUCAAUCAUACUUUUAAAGCGUCACAACAUAUGUACCAACAUGAAAUCCUUUUCGCUCGGAACAUCCAUUAGCUUAAAACCUUUGACAAAAUCUGGGGUUAUUUUCAGAGUCCUAUCAUCUGAUGAUUUCUUAUCUGUCAUAUUGGAUACCACACAAAUGGAUGGUAAAUUGUAUCUCCUAAAAAUUAGUAACGGAAUUCCAUACCAGCUAAAUGCACCAACGCAUAUGCCAAUACCCCCGGAUGUGUGGUGCCAUUUGACGGUGUCCUACAACGGGGAACGCGUGAAUGCCACGCUGAAUGACGAGCUCGUGGUCAAUUCGAAACUUAAUCAGCGCAGCACCGAGUUGGGAAGUGUCGGGUUGAUAACCCUAACCGGAGAGUCUAAGUUUAAGAACAUCUCCUUCCUUCCACAGUAA